UCUCUUAGUGUUGACUUUUGCAUUAAAUCUGUCGGAGAAACAAGUGACAAUGUCGAGCUUACCCCCACUCCCUGCUAAUCUAAAAGCUAUACAGCAUUACCUAAAGACAGCCACAGAACAUGACAAACGUGAUCCAGUCGUGGCGUACUAUUGUCGAUUGUAUGCGAUGCAGAAGGGUAUGGAAAUAGACCGGCAGUCUCCUGAUUGUCGGAGUUUCCUAGUUGCAUUGAUGGAGUACAUGGAAACGAUGAAGACAUCAAUGCAGGACGAGGCGAUCACAAAUGAGGUGGUUGGUCAGGCCCAUGUGGAGGACUAUGCCCUCAAAGUAUUCUUAUUUGCUGACAAUGAGGACAGGGCAGGUAGAUUUAACAAAAACGUUGUGAAAUCUUUUUACUCCUCUGGUAUGCUGUUUGAUGUUUUAAGUGUUUUUGGAGAACCUGCUGAAGAUAUUGAAAAGAAUAAAAAGUAUGCAAAAUGGAAGGCAGCCUACAUACAUAGGUGUCUUAAGAAUGGAGAAACACCUACUCCUGGUCCAAUGAGGGAGGAAGGGGAUGAAGAGGAAGACGGAGCCUUUGGUGGAGCCCCUGUGACCUCGUCCACAUCUCAGCCAGGACCUUCAAACUUCCCGACAACUCAGCCAGACCCAGCACCAGGGUAUCCCCCACCCCAACAACCUUCAUACCCCCAACAACCUGGUCCACCCCCCCAGCAGCCUGGCAACUACAACCCUUCCUACGGAAACCUUAACCUUCCAUCACCAGCUGGUAGUCAACCCCCUGGUGCCCAUGCUCCCCCCUCUACACCCCAACAGCCACAGCAGCCAGUGGGAGGAACAGCAGUCUGGACCCCUCCUUCAAAUACUGCUGGAGUUCAGCUGACAGCCGACCAGUACCAAAAAGCCUUGAAGUUUUGUAAAUAUGCAAGUAGUGCCAUACAGUACGAGGAUUCUACGACAGCAAUAAAUAACCUAACAAAAGCUCUCAAACUUUUGUCCACAGGAAAAGACAGCUAGUGAUAAAUCUUCAGCAUUACAUCGUUAAGAUUCAGUAAAAGACUUUUUAAAUGUGAUAUCAGUGCUUGUAUCUUCAAGUCUUAUCUGUAGUGUAUAUAUGUAAAUUUGACAGUCCUUCAAUAUCGUUUAUGUUACACAGAAAACAUGAAUGUAGUGACAAAUACUUGUCUUAUGUAGACCAUUCUCAGACACUAGACCAUUCUUAGACACUAUCUCUAAAUAUGAUGAAAAAGUUUUAUUGUAAAUGGCAUCAGGACACGCAUUGUUGUGAUAUACACAUCAUUGAUUAUUGACACUCAUUUUCUUACGCUGACUUGCAACUUCAAUCAAAGAUACAGUGUAUAUUCUUCUAAGCCCUUUUCUACUUGCUUUAGUAUAUACUGCAUAACAUGAAACUAUUCAUUAUUUCCUGCAGUCUGCUGAUCAAGUUGAAAUUAGUCAGAUAAACUCAUCUAUUACAAAGAGGUUCCCCAAUGAGUCCUGGAAUAUAUAUAUAAUGUACCAUGUUAAUCUAAAUUAAGUUAGUUAAAUAAAGACACAGUGUUUAUUUACCGCAUGAUAUCCAACCAUAGCAAGUUUUUUCUCCCAUGAAGUUUUUAUUAAAGUAAAAAAACAGAUGUUUCUCAUGGAAAUACACGAUUCCUGUGUCCAAUCAGGGAAAUAAUUGCCAUGAAUUUUGAUGCUGAUGUAAAGGAUUGUAACAUGACGUCAUAAUUCAAAGAUGGACCAAUGAAAUAACUUACAGGUCCGGGGUUGUUAAUCACUAGUGGGUUACCGGGAAAAGUUUACAAACUGUAGCAGGUUUAACCAAUGAGCUGAGAGCGAGGAAACCUAUAGUGGUUAUGGGAGAAAAGUAUUCACUUGACAAAUAUUUGCGGUUCAUAAUACAUCACAAACAAAACAAUGGAAGUAUAUGUACUGCAAAAGUUUCAUGUUAUACGGUAUGAAGUGUUGAUAUUUGAAUGUCUUAGGUAGUUGUAUUAACUAAGUUAUCAUAAUUAAUGUUGAUGUAUGUCUCCAUUCAGUGUAAUCUAUACACAAUCAGCAAUGUAUUGCAAUCAUAAUAAGCCUUGGUUAUCCCAACAUGUAUGUUUCUUAAACAAAAUGAAAUGUUAUCAAAAUACAAUUUUUAUUGUAGUUAGUCAGCCUUGCAUCAAAAUUUGUGUGACACUAGACAAUAAUUAUCAUAAAAAGGUAAUUUACAUUUCAUCAUUAUUGAAUGAACUAAUUGGUAUCCAUAAGAAGUUUCCUCUUAUAUAACUCCAUAAAAAACUGGUGAUCAUUUACUCCCUGGAAACCUCUCCUGAUCAUGAUCUGCUUCUGUGUGCUAGUGCUGCAGUAUUUGUCCAGAUAAUUCAAAAAUAGUUACCAAAAUAUUUAUAGGCUCAUCUAUUACAACCACCCAUAAAUUUAAUCACUCAACAAAAGAAUUAAAUACAUUAACCUUCCUUCGGAGGCCCCUUUGUCUGACCUCUGUACAAGAGCCUGCACAGCAGGCCACUUCUAAUUAAUUUACUCUUACGUUUUAUGGACAAUGGGUUUUUUCGCUGAACAAUAGUUUGAUUUUACUCCAUCCUUUAAAACCUCCUGUCACAUAGCUGAUACGUUUCUUCCUUGUUUUUGAUCAUAAAUGUGUGCCAAUUUUAUCGACAUGGUGUUUUCCUCAUAGUGAGACACGGGCACACUGUCAUGUGCAUCAAUAAACGAUCGGGUUAACCCGUCCACAUUUCUUUGCUUUUGUUAUUUAGUGUAUAUUUAUUUGAAUACAUAUAACACUUCGUAUUAAAGUUAUAUUAAAUUGCA